AUGGAGGCGGCAAAGACGAUGAUGAGCGGUCCUGCCGAAACCGAGCGAAAGAUUCUAAAGAAGACCGAGCACACGUACAGGGGUGGUCGUAGAGGCUACUAUGCCCUUGUACAAGACCUACCGCUCGACAUGGACCUGUACGAGCACGACAUCCACGGCGAAGAGUGGAAGUGGUUUGACGACCCACUUCCCACAAACGAGGACGAAGACCGCCAGAGUGGACGCACGGAGUUCACUAGAUACCACAUUGCGAACCCUCAGGUGGUGGCCAGAGGAGUCAUUCCCACCUUGAACCUGAGCCUGCCGGCUCAGUGUUUCGACAAUGACGAGGAUGCCGAGACGUUUCUGCACGCCAUCGGCAAGCGUCACAAUACUGCCGUGGUCCUUCUGGGCAAGGCGAAGUGCGCGAGGACUCUGUGUGUCUUCUUGGACAGUGUCUUCCAUAAAGACGUUCGGUCCAAGCUGACCGAAGGGACCGAAGUCCCCGAGAAGCGCCAGAUCCCUCUGGCUGCCCGCCGCUUUCGCUUCUGGAACGCCGUUGCGAAGACGGGUCUGGGUCAGGACCUUGGCAUGUACGUUGCCCGUCACCUCGUCCUGAUGCUGGCCUCUGCUCUCCGCAAUUAUACCCGAGAGCCCAAGGGAAACUCCGGCGUCUACGAGAGUACCAGAAGGAUAGUCCAAUGGCUAGACGAGACGGACCCUGGCAUGAUCGAGGAGUUCGAGGACGAGGAAGACCCCAGUCAUCGCCCCACCGACCAAGAUUUUAUGCCGCGGUCGUCCAAGAAGCGCAAGGCUGAUGCCGACGAAUCCCCCGAUGAUCUCUCAGACCACGACCGCCACAAUAGGAAGCGUACCCGCUAUCACGGGCCUCUGCAAAAAGGAGAAGAGGGCGAUCUACCGGAGCGGCCGAAGAAGAGGAAAAGGGCUUAG